UCUUCCUCCUCGUUCCCGGCCGCGAAAGCCAAAUUUCAUUCUUCGGCCGACCGCCUGGAAGUGUUCAUCGACUACUCUAACAAAAUCGACCAAACCCAAUUGCGAGUUGCGGUAGCCAAGGCUACAUCCUCAAAACUCGAAAAUCUUGUGGAAACCGUCGUCAAAAAUUACGAAACUUUUUGCGAAACAUUUCCAGCAAUUACGGAUGAGACAAUUUCGGAAGAUAUUACUUUAGCUUCAAAAAGAUCUUCAGAUCUUCUAUCCCGUUCAGACACUCUUUCUGUGGUCCUCAACACGGCGAUAAUAGGCGAAUCUUCCCUCUCUCACAAGGAUGAAACUACAAAAAAAGCGAAAUUACCAAAAGUCGAGAUGCGUCACUUUGACGAAUGUUACCCAGAGAUUUGGUUCGACGAGGUCGAAAUCCAAAUGAAAGCGGCGCAAAUAUCGGACGAGUUCCACCAGUUCGCUACUUUAACACGUUUCCUCGACUCCAAGCAGUCACUUUUCGUGUCCGGAAUCUUGAGAUCCAAAAAUCCGGCUCCUUAUACUUCUGCGAAGGAAGUUCUCUUACAACAAUAUUCGCUGUCCAAAAUUCAAAAGAUUCGGAAGGCCAUCUUCGAAGAAAAGCGUGGAGGAGAAGAAAAAGCUUCCAAUCUCCUAUCUCGGAUCGAACCACUGCUGAAAGACGUUGGAAACAGUGAUAUUAAGAAAUUCGUGAUUUACCACUCCUUACCGGAAUCUGUUAAAGAACAUGUCGCCCUUAAAUUCGAAGAAUCUUCAGUUCAAGAUUUUACGAAGGCGUGCGAUGCUCUUCUCGACGUUCACACGAACAAGGAUUCAUCCACCGUAGCAGCG